CCAACACAUUUAUCCAGAAAAUCACCCAAAUACAAAGUAAAAUGGUUGAUUCUAUUGCAACAAUUGCUCUUGAAACACUUCGGGACUUAUUGAUUGAGGAAGCAAAGUUUCUAUUGAGUGUGGGCGGUGAGGUUGAGGAAGUCCGUAGGCAGCUCAACAUCAUGCACUGUUUCUUGAAGGAUGCUGAUAGGAGGCAAGAUCGGUACAAUUCACAGACAUCGGAGUCUAUGAGUGUAGGAGACAACUCAUCAAGAUUGGUAGAUGAUACCGAUAGGUCAAGAAGAACGUAUGGGCAUGAGGUUGAAAAAUAUUUUGUAGGAAUGAAGGAGGAUAUUAAACAUUUAGAAUCAAUUCUGACAACUGAUGACAAAUCAAAUGGAGUGAUUUCCAUAUGUGGCAUGGGAGGAUUGGGAAAGACCACUCUUGCUACUAAAAUUUACAAUGGGGAGGCCGUGCAGCGGUGCUUCAAAUAUCGUGCUUGGGUUUGUGUAAGUCAGCAAUUUCAACCCAAAACUAUUUUCCAACGACUGUUAAAGCAACUUCUUCAGAAUGAAAGUGAAGAGCAAGAUGAAGAUACAUUGGUCAGAAAGUUGUACCAAGUACAAAGAGAUAGAAAAUGUCUCCUAGUUUUGGAUGACGUUUGGGAAGUUGAUCACUGGAAUUGCUUAAGGCGUGCCUUUCCCAUUGGAGAGGUAGAUAGCAAAGUUUUGCUCACAACAAGAAAUCAAAACAUUGCUUCCAGAGGAUACGUCCACAAUCUCAAGUGUUUGGAUGAAGAUGAAGGAUGGGAGCUCCUUCAAAAGAUAGCAUUCCCAAACAACUAUUCACAAGAGAUACCUACUACUGAAAUAAAGUUGUUGGAAGAAUAUGGAAGGAAAAUAGUAAAAAAAUGUGGUUAUUUACCAUUACCCAUUUCAGUUGUUGGAGGAACUCUUCGUCAUGAAAAGGCAUCAAUAGAAUGGAAAAAUGUGUGUAGAAAUCUUGAUUCGUACCUUCAACAUGGGAGAGGAAUGAUUUGUUCCGAAGAUAAGGGAAGAGGAGAAAGUUUGAGAGAUGUGGCAGAACGGUAUUUAUUCGAGCUAGCAAAUAGGUGUAUGGUUGAAGUGGAAAUAGACGAGUUGCCGCUAUAUAAUAGGUUUAAGUCAUGCCGGCUUCAUGAUAUGAUACGAGAUCUGUGUUUGUCAAAAGGAAAAAAAGAAGGAUUUCUGGAGGUUAUAGAUAAAAAGAUGGGAGGAGAAGAGUCUGAGAAUGACAAAGGAGUAAAUCAAAUACUAGAUUUGAGUUACAAUGUGCUCCCUUACAAUCUGAAACCAUGUGUUUUGUAUUUGGCUUGCUUUAAAGAGGAUGAAGAAAUAGAUAUAGAAAAACUAUAUUUACUAUGGAUGGCUGAAGGAAUGAUUUGUUCCGAAGAUAAGGGAAGAGGAGAAAGUUUGAGAGAUGUGGCAGAACGGUAUUUAUUCGAGCUAGCAAAUAGGUGUAUGGUUGAAGUGGAAAUAGACGAGUUGCCGGUAUAUAAUAGGUUUAAGUCAUGCCGGCUUCAUGAUAUGAUACGAGAUCUGUGUUUGUCAAAAGGAAAAAAAGAAGGAUUUCUGGAGGUUAUAGAUAAAAAGAUGGGAGGAGAAGAGUCUUCAAUUUGUAAAACAAAUAGAUUGGCUAUCCAUAUGGAGGGAGUGGAUAACGAUCUUAGUUACAGGAUUGGGGAAAAUAAGAACAUAAGAUCUUUUCUAUUCCUCAAAAUAGGCUGGCGAGAUACAUUAUGGUAUAAUUACAUUAUGUUUGGGAUUUUCAAAUCUCUCAAAGUCUUAGUAUUGGAAGGUUAUACAUUUGAGAAUCGGAAAUUGCCCAAAGGAAUCGAAAAAUUGAAGCUGUUGAAGCUAUUGAGUCUCGAAAAUAGUCGUGUGGAAGAAUUGCCAUCAUCUAUAUGCAAGCUACCUUGUUUGCAGACAUUGAAUGUGAAAGAUACAGAUAGAUUACCUAAUUGCAUAUACAAAAUGAGGCGCUUAAGGCAUCUACUUUUGGGAUAUCUUAGUAAGAGCGUUGGAGGUGAAAAAUUGAAAUUGGAAGGGUUGAAUGAGUUGGAGAUGAUAACUGGGUUCAACACUUUGGUUGACAUCACUCAUCUUCUUAAAUUGCCGAAGCUCCGAGUAUUGGAAAGAAGAAUUUAUGAUGAAAAAAGUUUGUCAAUGAUUGUUGAUCACAUCUUAAAUCAUCAAGAACAAUUUCGCGAUGUACGACUUGAAAUUGUCAUGAAUCUUAAUAUGGAUUCGGAAGAUGGCUCAACUCUUCUCAAAAGGUUGGUGAUGUGUCACUCACUACAUUACUUAAGUAUUGAAAAUUGGCUAGUGCGCAAAUUACCGACUUAUGAAGUUCAAGUGUAUCAAAAUGUGAUAGAAUUGAAACUUGGGGAUUCAGGGAUUGAGGAAGAUCCAAUGCUAACACUAGGGAAGCUUCCCAUGUUGCGAUCGCUGGAAUUGAAUUUUGAUGCAUAUGUGGGCAGAGAGAUGGUUUGUGAGGCAACUGGAUUUCCUCAACUCAGAGCGCUUUUGUUGUAUCGUUUGCGGAAUUUAGUGGAGUGGAGAGUGGAGAAAGGAGCAAUGCCGAAUCUCUCUUCUCUAAUUAUUGAAGGAUGCAGUAAAUUGAAGAUGAUUCCAGAUGGAUUGGAAUUCAUUAAUACUCUAAAAACACUGAGUAUAACUAUGCCAAAAGAGUUCGUCAAGAGGGUAAGAGUGGUGGAUGGUGAAGAAGGAGAAGAUUAUCACAAAAUCAAACAUAUUCCAGAUAUUUCCAUUUAUACCGAUUAAUACCAAUUAUAGGUCUCACUUAUUUAUAACUACA